AUGGCUCUUGACUCUAGCCUUCUAAGAGUCGUGUCCUCACCGCAGUACGGUGGACCGAUCACUUGUAUCAGAAGCGGUGACCUUGUCUCCAAGCGUUUGCAGAAGCCCAUCGUUUUGUUGCAAUUGAUUUAUUCUAACGAGAAACCGAAAGGCGCUGCAAAUUUGAUUCUGGUGUGA